CUGAUCUUAGCGGAAAAACCCGCAAAGCGAUAUUCUUUUCUUCCCAAAGUAUUAUAUUUUAACUUCACUAAUAUUAUACUCUUUUUAUCCAUAGAUAGAUAUGUAGUAUAUAAAACUGCUACUUGCACAGCCUUAUCCUUUCAUUCAGCCUCGGUUUUCACUAGUUGUUUCAUCUCAAUAGCACUCAUCUUUCGCUUAUUAAAAACUUGUAGCUGUGAAAUUUCAAGGCAUGCGACGAUGACAUCUACGAAAUUAGAGCAAUUGUACAAAGAACUCGAUGAGGUGGAUGCUGGCACCCAUCCCGAAUACUUAGCAAGUUUAAAACAAAUAGAACAGAUUUAUGAAGAACAAAGGGAGCGUGAACAAAUAGCUCAUGAGCUUGCCGUUGAACGUAUUGAUUAUGAAUACAAUCGACGGAAACAACAGAUACAAGAUGAUUUGGAGCGGAAAGAAAAGGAACUCGUACAGACCAUGUUGGCAGAUUUUGAUGAGAUGGAAAAGCGCAUAGAGCUAGAGUAUACCAAUAUGGAAGUGUCGCGAGCAUGUUGUCCCAAUAUUCUCAAUGACACAACAAAGAAGACUUUGAGAGGUCGUGGAGGGGUUUUGAUCGAACCACCGACCUAUUUCAAUGCUACACCUAAGCCAGCAACACCAAAUAUAACUGUGGAUACCAGAUAUCUACUGACAGAUUCUGAGAUUGCCGAAGAUGUCCGCGCCUUUUCCGGCGAUAAGAGCAGUCCGCACAAACUUCAACGGCUCUUCGAAGUUAUACUAAUGAAGCAGAAAUUAACAUAUGAUGGAAAAGCAUACAAGCAAGGCGAAGAAGUCCAUGUCGAAAACUUGGAGUAUGGAAAAUUCCCCGCUAAGAUGGAUUGCAUCACCGAAACUGUGGUGUCAUUCAAGUCCACACUGCCAUGGGAUACCAGACAAAUACAUGCAUCCUACUCUGAUCUAACAGAAGGGCGGGUGCAAAUCGCUAAGAAACGCAACAACUAGGAAACAAUGCUUAUCACUUUCAUUUUAUAAUUGCUCAAGUCAGAUUGUUUUACCUUUCAAACUUAUAUCUUCCAAUAUUCGUUUUCAGGUAUAAUUCAAGGUCUUGUAGGUACAGGGUUGUUUUAAAUAAUGUGAAUCUAUCGUUUGUCAAAAAGCCAAUGAAUCUCGUUACCUCAAGCU